UUAUCUAGGCUCUACGGGCUCCGCCUCGCUCCACCGUUUCCACGGUUUCCACAGCUACAACAGCCUGCCACAGCGCUUACUGACGCCUUGCGUCCUUUCCGUUCUUCUUUCACCUCCUCUUUACGUAAAUAGCAAGUGUGUUACCGUGUUGUUUGAUGCACGUAGCGCUCUUAGACGAAAUGUGUUACCCACGGAGCGUGCGUGCAUGACAUGUGCAAUCCUUUCCUGCUCACGUGGUACCCGGUUUGCUUCGGAUGUUUGGACCGUCGUUCGCUUAUUCCCAGCCCGCCAGCCGUCAGAGAGCUACCUCAUGUGGCUGACAGAACCUCCUCGGCACAGCCAGCGCACUCUUUAGAAGGGACCCUGAAGCAGGGGACGGAAGUGCAGAGGAGAGUGAGCAGUUAGUAGAGACCAUCUGCCACGGAGGCUCAACAAUACACGAAGCCAUGCUCAAAGAGGAGAAAGUUGAGCUGACCAGCAUCUUCGGGGCAUACGGUCCGUUCCAAAGGAUCGUGUUCCUCUUUGCCGUCACAAUCAGCAUGUUUGGUGCAUACCACAAUCUCAUUAUCACCGCUGUGGCACCCAAGAUUGAUCACUGGUGUGCAAGGCCUGCUGGCCAUGGCUUUGAGAACAUGACGGACGAGGAGUGGAAGGAGCUGGCAAUUCCUAAGGAGACAAGACAAGGUGUUGAGCACUACAGCCAGUGCCAGAGGUACGAUUUUGAAACCAAUACCACGGUGAGCUGCAACUCCUGGGAGUAUGACCGUUCUUUUUACAAGAACACCAUUGUUGAUCAGUGGGAUCUCGUGUGUUCAAGCAGCUGGCUUAUCUCUCUCAGCCAAUCUGUGUACAUGGCAGGCUACAUGACAUCCAUGAUCAUUUUUGGACAACUCUCUGACAGGGUGGGAAGACGCACAGUGAUCUGCAUUGCCCUUUCCAUUCUGCUCGCUGCUGGCUUCUCAACACUCCUUUCCCGGAGCUUCAUCGCCUUCAUUUCCCUGCGCUAUUUCGUCUCGCUUGGUGUUUCUGGAGUGGGCGCCACCUCGUUCGUUCUGUUGAUGGAGGUAACGGGUCCAGCCACGCGGUCCUUCUUUGGCCUGGCUUAUGAAUUUGGCUGGGCCACUGGCUACCUGGUGCUGGCACUGGUUGCCUACCUCAUCAAAAACUGGUUCUAUGUCCAGCUGGUGGCUAUGAUAGGGGCACUUGUACUCGUCAUCGGCUACUGGGUUCUUCCCGAGUCUCCACGAUGGCUCAUGGCUAACAAGAAGUUCGACCAAGCUCACAAAUUGAUCAUGGAGGCCGUGGAACGUAAUGAGAAGGACAAGGAAGAGGCUGAACUCAAGUUUGAACAGCUGAAGAAAGAGUUUGAGAAGGAGCAGCCAAAGCAUGUGUUUGGCAAAGCAACAGUAUUUGACCUGCUCAAGACACCCGUGCUCAGACGGCGAACACUCAUUCUCUACUUCUGCUGGUUCGUCAAUUCAUUCACCUACUAUGCCAUGUCACUCAACACUAAUGAUCUCGGAGGCAACCCAUACCUCAACUUUGCAAUUGCUGGUGCUGUGGAGUUUCCAGCCUACGCUAUCUCUAUAGUGGUAAUCCAGAAGAUGGGACGACGUUGGUCACAGAGUGGAUGCAUGCUGCUGGCUGGGGUAGCCUGUAUCGUCACCAUCUUCUUCCAAGGAAAGACCCUCUGGCUGAAGAUAACCUUUGCCAUGAUCGGCAAGUUUCUGAUCACUGCCUCCUAUGGCAUCCUGUACGUUUACUCGGCUGAGAUCUACCCGACGGUGGUACGCAAUGUCGGGGUCGGUUCGAGCUCUACUAUUGCCCGAUUUGGUGCCAUCAUCGCCCCUUUCGUAAAGGAACUGGGCCAUGCUACACACGAGAGUGUGCCGUUUGGUGUGUACGGGGCCAUCUGCAUCUCAAGCGGCCUUACAGUGCUCUUAUUGCCCGAGACCCGAGGGGCUCAGCUUCCGGACAGUGUGGUUGAAGGAGAAGAGUUCAAAGGGCCGGAUACACAGUCACGAAGCAAGCUGUCGGGAGACAGAGCAAGCAACAAGACUAAGGAGGAAGCUUCAAAGGCUUGAUCGAUCAGGAGGACAUUGUCUAGAUACUCAUACACGAGGCAUAUAUACUUCAACUAGUCUUACCGUAUUUUUAUACAUUUAUACAUGCAUUCUUCCUUGUGCUUUACGUGAUAAUCUUGCGAAUGAAUAAACUGUACAGGCAUUUCAUAACUUAACUUUAAGAGCCUUGUUGAUCAAAUCGGGGCUCUUCGGUUUUUGAAACACUUGCAAUGUCAAAGCACCAUUUUCAGGGCCUUGGAAGCCUUUAAAUUUUAUUAGAUGCUUUUAUAUCUCUAAAUUUUAUUUCAUACAGAAAUAGCAGAUUUUGUUCGGACAUGUAGCUACGUCAAAUCGAGGCUUAUCGGUUUUUCCAACAUUUGCAAUAUCAAAAUGUCAUUUUCAAGGCCUUGAAAGCCUUUAAAUAUCUUUAGAUGCUUUCGAAUCCAUGGAUUUCGUUUUGUACUACGUUUAGCGGAUUUUGUUUGAACAUGUGGCCACAAAGUUGGGGUGUAAUUCAAGAGGAAAGCCAAUCCAACCCAGUUAGCAGCUUUGUGGUGUUUGGUGGUGGUUUGCUCAUAAGCCUUUUUUAUGUAUCCCUUUCUUGUUUGUAUGCAAUGAGAACAAUUUGUAAAUUGUUAAGAACAAGUUUGUUUUCAAGCUAGUACCCCAGUCUCACAGGACUCUUUUGAUGCCAAUCAGUUCCGAUCGGGCUCAAGUGCAAUCGAAAGUGCCACGUGUGACUGGGGUUAAUGUUGCUUUAGUCCUUGGAAAAUGCUUUGUCAGGACCUCGGAAGUCCUUUAAAGUUCUUGCCCUGCAAAUGAAGAUUCAACAAUUUUUUACAUUUCCUUUGCUUGCAAAGCAAGCUUCACUUCACUUCACUUUAUUACCUUAAAAACCAGUUGGGUUUUCACAGAAGCUGAACUGAACGUUAUACAUAGUGUACUGGGGCAAGGAUCACUUGUUAAUGCUAGCAUUUCAAGUCUUGCCAAGCAGUGCAUCACAGUUUUUAUUGUGAAGAACCGUGUGUUUCUGUGUGCAGCAGCAAAGGAAGUCUUAUCACAAAAUUAUUGUUGACAGAAUUGUCAACUAGAAAUUGGAGUCUUCAACUGGCAUGCAUCUGAAAAGACACAAGAGAAACGAAGAUCAUUGGUCCAUAAUAAAUGAUUUUUAUAGAA